GAGGUCUGCCUUCUCAUGCUACUUUCUUCUCGGUUUCUCAUUGUCUUUUCGCAAUAUCGUGGCUUUCGUUCGAUUUCGAUCUAGAGAAAAGUGUUCGUUUUCUGGUUGGUCUUCAGCGGCUUUUCAAAGAGAAAAUAUGUCUGGCGAUGAAGCUGCUCCCGCUGUUCCCCCAGCUGCCGAGGCAGCAGCUAUUCCGGAGGACAUGGACCUGAUGACUGCAUUGGAGCUGACCCUUAGGAAGGCUCGUGCCCACGGUGGUCUGACCCGCGGUCUUCAUGAAUGCGCUAAGCUCAUAGAGAAGCGUGUUGCUCAGCUCUGUGUCCUAGCCGAGAGCUGUGACCAGCCUGACUAUGUCAAGCUCGUCAAAGCCCUUUGUGCUGACCACAACAUUAACUUGCUUACCGUUCCUGAUGCCAAGACCCUUGGCGAAUGGGCCGGUCUUUGCAAGAUUGAUUCCGAGGGCAAAGCCAGGAAAGUUGUUGGAUGCUCAUGCAUCGUGGUGAAGGACUACGGCGAGGAGACAACUGCUCUCAACGUCGUGAGGAAGCACCUCGAGUCUCACUAGAUAGUGGCGGAGUAGAGAAUGCCUUUUCUUGUCUUGCCCCUCCUUUCCUUUCUCCUGUUUUUAUUGGUUUUGAUGCUUUAGUGGACUUCCCUGAGAUUUAUGUGGAACCAGAUAUUUAUAUUUUGGGUGUUCAAGUCUUUCCAUUUAAAGCAAUUCAGAUAUAUAAUUAUUUUCAAAACUC